AUGGAUUGGUGUAACUGGUUACCCGCCAAAGUUAACAUACAUGCAUGGAGGAUGGAGAUGAACAAAGUUCCUACUGCUGAAGCUUUAAAGAAAAGAAAUAUUGGUAUUGGAGACUCGUCGUGCCCCUUAUGUAACGCCGAAGAAGAAAUGACCGAUCAUUUGUUUAUCGCUUGCUAUAUUGCAUCGACUGUGUGGAACGGAGUGAGCUCAUGGUGCAAAAUUCCUAUCAUCUUCGCGUUUUCUCUUCAAGAUCUCCUUACUUUUUUCAAAGAUCUCGUUGUGUCGGAGAAGAAAAAGGAAGCGAUUCAUGGUAUUAUUAUGAUAGCUUGCUGGAGUAUGUGGCGAGCUAGGAAUAAUGCCAAAUUUUCUAAUUCUCCGGUUAGAAUAGAAAGCAUCAUUAGUGAAAUUAAGGCAUUGGGUUUUCUUUGGUUUUCUAUUAGAUCGAAGUAUAAAGGGUUAGAGUGGAAGGAUUGGAGUUCCUUUGUAAAUAUGUAA